GCGCUGCGCUACUGCUGCUCCAGCGCCGAGGCGCGCCUGGACCAAGGAGGCUGCGACAACGACCGCCAGCAGGGUGUGGGGGAACCAGGCCGGACAGACAGAGAAGGCCCAGACAGCUCGGCAGUCCCCAUCUAUGUGCCAUUUCUCAUCGUUGGCUCCGUGUUCGUCGCCUUCAUCAUCCUCGGGUCCCUUGUAGCAGCCUGCUGUUGCAGAUGUCUAAGGCCAAAGCAGGACCCCCAGCAGAGCAGAGCCCCAGGGGGCAACCGCCUGAUGGAGACUAUCCCCAUGAUUCCCAGUGCCAGCACUUCCCGGGGGUCAUCCUCUCGGCAGUCCAGCACAGCUGCCAGUUCCAGCUCCAGUGCCAACUCAGGCGCCCGGGCUCCCCCAACAAGGUCACAGACUAACUGCUGCUUGCCCGAGGGAACCAUGAACAAUGUGUACGUCAACAUGCCCACAAAUUUCUCUGUACUUAACUGUCAGCAGGCCACCCAGAUCGUACCCCAUCAAGGGCAGUACCUACACACCCCAUAUGUGGGGUACGCAGUCCAACAUGACUCUGUGCCCAUGACGCCAGUGCCCCCAUUCAUGGAUGGCCUGCAGCCCGGCUACAGACAAGUCCAGCCCUCCUUUGCCCACACUAACAGUGAACAGAAGAUGUACCCUGCAGUGACUGUGUAGCUUGCAGGUCAUCAAUUAGACUUUUAUGAGACUGAGCGAAACGGCCAGAAGUUUGCUCAAGUUGGUGGUAUUUUCAUCAGUGUUUUCCCGAUGACUUCAUUUGCUGGAGAACAUCUCCAGAGCAGUGUUUCUGCGAAUGUUUCCUGAUUCAGAAUGGAAAAACACAGCCCCUGGAGUCGCCACCUGUGUCCUCAAGUAUGUGACAAAUGCUUGAGCCCCUAAGUGCCCUUGAGGUGCGGCUGCCAGAGUCUGAGGUUGUGUGGUGUCAUUAUUUCUUUUUGUUUCAGCUGCACAAGAGAACACCUGUGACCUCCCCUUUACCUGGGCUGUUUUUUAAAUCAGUGUUCAAGGCUGAAAGGAGAUGUAAAUAAUAUAAUUAUUAUGAAAAGAAGCCAGUUUGAACUCAGACACUAGUCAACAGCCUCAAGCCUCCAGAGACAUGUCUUAAUUUCAUUGUAAAAGAUAUAGUUUGUCUAUUUUUAUGCUUUUGGGGGGAGGCUAUUUUGUGUGUGUGUGUGUGUGUGUGUGUGUGUGUGUGUGUGUGUGUGUGUGUCUUUUAAAUAACCGUGUGUUGAGAUCUUAUUACAAAGUGAUUUUUCUACAUUAAAGAGAAGAAAAGGAAAUGUACACAUCUAAAGAAGACAUUCAGAAUUCUAGGGUGGAGUGGCACUGAAGCCAUUCACCCCUUUUUGAUGGAGCCUUUUUACUUCCUGGCUCUAUGGUGGCCCCUGAGAAGUAAUUCGAUGCUUCUUUAUUGAAAUCAUGAGCUAUCUGUCACCUGCUGUGCUCCAAGUUACUUCUAACCUUGCCAUGUGAUGUGGCCUGGGGCUUUGUUUUGUUCUGCCCCAGUUUCAGAAUCCCCCUGUCUAAAUAGUACCAAGGGCAGGGAAUUAGCCAUGUGUGGAUGUAGAUCAGUAAAAAAAUGCCAAGAAAGGUGCCGCGGAGAUGCUCAGUGUAGGUUGUCAGCCACAAUGGGGACCUCAGACACGAACCACUUUGCAAAUCAGAAGGCUUUUUAUACUCCUGUUAUCGGAAUGGUCUGUUUUUCCUGCGACAGGAACUAUGGGAUCCAGAGAAAAGCUCUCCAAGGAGACAUGACUCCUGGGUCUUUUUUUCUCCUAGUCUUCAGCAAACUCUCCAAUCACUGCCGAUGUUUUAAGUUAUCAAAUUCAAGAGAAUUUGUAUGUUGAUUACUUAUGAAAAAAGUUUAAGCAUGUGUAAUUUUCAACUGCUAGCAAAGCCAAAAUUUGUUAACUAACUGUCAAGUUUGGUCUUCUGUACAUCUAUCUUAUCCAUAGCAUCAUCCAUCUAGUCUUCUGUCACCUGUCUGUCAUCUCGUGAUGUUAGUAAUGUCACAUUUUUGUUGGCAAUUGCUAUUAACAGAGAGGAAUCAAAGAUUCUUAAUAACCAAAGCAGGAGAAAAUCAUUUUAAAUUUUUAAUAAAUAUUUU